AUGGGUAUUCCACAGGCGUGUCGCAAAGAUUUCUAUAUCUUGGGCCAGAAAGAUACCACAACCAAACGAAUCGACGUUGGUCCAGCGAAAGGCAUCGAUCAUCUUCGAAAGGGUGUUGCAGCUGAAUAUGGGGUGAUUGUUCCAGAUGGGGUCGCUUUUCACGACGCUGAUGACAGUCUCGAUACUCUGGAAGAUGUCCUGGACUGCCGCGAGCCUGUAGGCAUUUCGGUUGAUGGCAAUUUGGUCAGAGAUCCUCCGGGACCGAAGGGACUUCCAUUCGUCGGGAACUAUUUCGAGAUUUAUCCAGACCAUCUGGGAAACACGGCUCGACUGCACAGUCAGUUGGGGAAUGUUGUCCAGACAAAUAUUCUUGGCCGUCGAAGCUACCAGACGAACGAUCCUCGCGUCGCCUCGGUCGUCUUUGCUGAGAAUGGCAAUUUCACGAAAGCGCCUUCGCAACCUGGCCACCCUCUGUACGGACUGCGAGAUCAGUCUUCUCUGUUCCUCUGCGAUACCUCUGCAGCAGCUUUCAAGGUCUCGCACAAGUUUGUGCCGCCAUCCAUGUCCCCGAAAGCCGUCAAGCACUACUCGCCUGCAGUGCAGCAAAGAGUGCGAGAAUCUUUUGCGGUCUUCGAUGAGCUGGAGGACCAAGGCCAGGCGUUCAAUGUCUACCAUUACAUGACCAAGAUGGCGGGACAAGUCAUCUGCGAGCUGGUGCUAGGCUGGGAUGUCAAGCACUUCACCACCAAGAACGCCCCUGUCCACGAAAUCAUCUCUACGCUAGGGAAAUACCUCCAGCUGAAUCGCAAAGUACAGACCAAAGGCGAUUGGUACCAGUGUCUCCCGUUUGGUGAUCCUGCGGAGCUCGCAAAGGUGCGAAAGCAUUUGUACGGUCUCGUGGAAGCGGCAGUCGAGGGUAGCAAGCGUGGCGGCAGCAAAGAUCUUCCAAUUCACUCUGCUGCUCUAGAGGCGAGCUCCAUCGUCGACUACCUGGCAAGAGCAACAGAUGAUAAGGGCGAGAAGCUACCGCACGAAUAUAUUCUGAGCAACACCAUCGCGCUUCUGGGUGCAGGGUUCGUGACGUCCUCGUCGUUCCUCUCUUGGCUUCUGUACGCAUUGGUCAGCUAUCCAGGCGAGCAGCAGAAACUUCUCCAGGAGCUCGUUGAUGUCCUGCCAGAAGAAGCCUUCACACCUCACGCCGUCACUGGCGCUAUCGACGUCACGUCGUUCUUGACAUACGAAGCAAUCCAGAAGAUGACCCGUCUGGACCACUUCGCAAAGGAGACGCAGCGUCUACACUCGCCAUCCUUUCAGCCUGCGCGAAACACACUCCGAGAAUGCAUCGUGCCUGGCGGAUAUCGAAUUCCCGCGGAUUCCAUCAUCACACCGGCCAUGCCAUCAUUGCACACCAACUCAGAGUACUGGGCAGAUCCUCAGCAGUUCCAGCCUGAGCGUUGGGCCUCAGAUAUGGAGCACGGUGAGAAGCGACACAAGAGCGCUUACGUGCCGUUCGCUGCAGGACCCAGAGGCUGUGUUGGAUUCAAUCUGGCUUUGCUGGAGGUGAAGAUCGUUCUUGCGGCAUGGGUUGCGAGAUACCACACUGCCAACGCAGGCGAGGAGCCGGUCAUCUACGAUCCCGAGUUCCUGGUGGUUCGGCCAAUGAAUUUUUAUGCGAGCGCCUCGAAGCGGACUUCGUGGCCAAGGCCAUCUGCCGAGUUUAGCCGUGAAGGUGUGAAUCAGGAUGUUUAG